AUGGGGAAGGCUGUUAAAAAUGUAGCGGAUUCUGCAGGACUUGAUCUUAUCCCUAUGCCAUUUGGCUAUGCCAAAGAGGCUGGAAAAACCGUAGAGGAAUGUGGCAAAGAGAUUAAGGUGCACGGACCUUCAGAUAGAGAAAGAGUUGUGGCGUUGGUCUAUUGUGAACACCUGAAUAUGAUCGUGGUCGACUACACCAUGCCUGUUGCAGUGAACAGGAGCUUCCAGAGAGAGGAGGAGGGAGCUGCAGAACUUCGGCUAUGGAGAAAACCAGGAGGUGAGAGAACCAGAGAUAGGAGGAGUGAAGGAAGCUCGGUCAAGGAAAAAGGAGCGAUCUCUGCCUCUGAGCAGAGCAAGAGCUACCUUUUUGAAACGAAGAAGGAGAAGGAUGAAGAAGGCAAAACGGAGAAGAUGAGAAUGAGCGCGGUGGUUGGUGCCGUGAAGGUGAUGGAGUCCCAUCAAUCAAGCGAAUUGGACACAUCUGGAACAGCUAAGGCGGUAAUUUCUUACUUUGAGAAGUUGGGAGCGUCUUUUGACAUGUAUCAGAUCCAGCAGAAGGCAGGCCAGCGUAUAUACAAUAUGAUUGAUGUUUUGCCCGGGGGGGGUGGAUGGUGGGCGCGGGGCGGUAGCAUGCGUUGA